AAACUCAAAGUGGGCGUGCUUAAGGUUGUGUCAUAGUGUUUUGUUGCUAAGCUGCUAGCUGGUGGUGUCUCGAAAUCAAUUCUUUUAGCCGUUUUUCUUCUCGAAAUAACAUAUCCAUGCAAACACCGCAAUACUUUAAUAUCGACAAAUGUAUGCAAAGAAGCAUCGGUAAUUCUAAAAUUUAAAUUAGCUUCAUUUUUUUGCCUGAGUUAAACAGCAUCGGAGGGAAACUCUCCGACCCACAUCUAACUCUGGGCACAAUCUCGCUGCUUGCUAACUUAGCAUCAUCGUUACCAGAUCGCAUGUCAACAGCUGAACAUCCAGUAACGUCAAGGAAUCAGGGAAGCACAGCAUAAUCCCCGUGCAAGCUGUCAAGAUGGAGCUGUAGAGACCAACGACGCGGGACUGGUCUUCACUUAAAGGACUGACUUCCAGCAUAUUCACAUUAGGACUGCGUUUGGCUGGCACUGUCAUCACUGAAUGGAUAUCUUUCUCUUACAGGAAAAUGUUGGCGACUUACAACAAAAUAAUUAUGAACUAAAAGGACAUAAAAUGGUGACUACAUUCUCAUGUCCAUCCCCAUCCUCAUGACACCCAGAGGGGGAUAUGGGUUUCCUAAGACUGGUGGCCAGAAUCAUGGGUAGGAUCAGUACUUUUAGGUCCUAUCAGUUAGUCCUUCUCCUGGCUGCAGCGCUUGCUGUUGUUGCUUUUUACUACUUUGGAUCAGAGAAGCAGAACUUCUCCACCACCACGAAAAGGAUCAAGCAGACCCAGGCCAGCCACAACACCAACAGGAACGAUGCAGACUUAACUGUGGACACCAGACUCCCGCACCCAGCUCAGUCUGAGGAGCAAGAAGGGGAAGAGCGAGAUGUAGGCGGAGAGAGUGAGGGAUUUAGUUUCGAGACACGGGACAGCGGCAUUGGUGACCAUCGCUACCACGCACUCAUGAUGUUCACCAAGGUGGACAAGAGCCGAAGCCUGCAGGACAAGUUCAGGGUGGCCAUGUUGUCUAUGGUUAAGCAUGGAGUCUUCCUAGAAGGAGAGGUGUUGGUCCUUCAUUUUGUGAGCGACCAGGCUAGCAAGGAGCUGGGAGAGAGGAUGCUGCAGGAAUUUCUCCUUGACGCAACAUUUAAGUAUGAGGUGUUGUUCCAUGAUGUGGUGGCUCUCACACAGAAGCUGUUCCCUAUUGUGGAGGCCAUGCAGAAGCACUUCAGCGCUGGCUCUGGAACUUACUACAGCGACUCCAUCUUCUUCCUGUCUGUUGCCAUGCAUCACAUCAUGCCUGAAAGCCUGACACGCAUAGUACAGCUUGACCUGGACCUCAAAUACAGAACCAACAUCAGGGACCUUUUCCAAGAAUUUGACCGGUUUCCUCCAGGAGCGGUAAUAGGCAUCACCAGAGAGAUGCAGCCAGUCUACAGACACACUUUCUGGCAGUAUCGUAAGGAGAACCCUCAAACCAAAGUGGGUGAACCUCCUCCUGAUGGCCUACCAGGCUUCAACAGUGGCGUGAUGUUACUGGACCUGGGUGCUAUGAGGGCAUCAGCUCUCUACAACCAGCUGCUGGAGCCUAGCAACGUGGCCAAACUAGCGGACCAGUAUCGUUUCAGGGGCCAUCUGGGUGACCAGGACUUCUUCACCAUGAUUGGCAUGGAGCAUCCUGAACUUUUUUAUUCCCUGGCCUGUGGUUGGAACAGGCAGCUGUGCACCUGGUGGAGGGACCACGGAUAUGGAGACGUGUUUCAGUUGUAUUACCACUGUAGUGGGCCCAUCUAUAUCUACCAUGGGAACUGUAACUCCCCUAUACCAGAUGAGUGACGCAUGUACUGUACCGAUGCUGGAACUGAAAAGGAGUCUAUUGCUCCGUUCCCAUUUAAUUGUCAAGUGAAUGUGAAGCAAAAAUGAAACAAAAAGGGGGAGUUAAUUCAGUGUGUUUUCUAACAAAACGUUAUACAAACCGUAGUUGCAUCAGCAGAUGGAAGUAUCGGCCACGUUUUGCAUCGCCAGCUGCUGAUAAACCUCAAAGAAGAAGAAACAAAAUCAGUCACUUUGGCUGGGAAUGUGUGAAUUAAUCUGAGAAUGGGAAUCUCAUGGGACUAUCUGGGGAGACGUUUUUUGUUUGUUUGUUUUUUUGUCAAAUUGAGGACAUUUUUUGAAUUAUGCCAUUUCCAUCAACACUCUCUAAUGCAAUAUUGUUAAUGGAAACACAGUUUUUUCUGCAUCUGCAAUAGAGUUAAAAGGAAAUAUAAAUCCUGCUCUUUAGGCGGAAGGAUUGUAAUUUCCAUUUUUGACCACUGUGAUGCCCAUGUGACACUGCCCCCUGCUGGUUAAGGGGCCGCUGAAGGACUCACUCAAACAUCAUGACUUCAAAUGUGAUGUUCAUCUUGUCAUGUCAUUUUAGAAUAAAUUUUGGUGCAAGUGUGUUUUUUCAGGUACCACGAUGGAGAGAAUAAAUAUGAUCUAUGAGGAUUAGUUUGAGUGACCGAUUCAUUAAUUUGAAGGCUUAAUGUUCAAAAUACAUUAUUCACUUUACACAGUAAUCUACCAGGAAUAUUUUCUCGUUUAUUUUGGGCAUCUUUACUCAAUGAUGUCCCAUUGCAGUGUGUGGAACCCCUGCUAAGUUUUGGAGGGGGGGGGGGGUAAUUGAGUUCAAUAAAUGUUGGUAUUUGUGUUGAGGGACAAUCUAAAAGACCACUAUGUAAGUGCAGUCGCUCACACCACGUUGUGUAAAUGGAGCUGAUGAUUCACAAGGACAUGAUAUGAUAAUAAUGAUGAUAUUGCUAAUAAAUGUUACCUGCAAUGAGUACAGGGUCAACAAAUGUCUCAAUUGGCUUCUGUAAACUAAACAUCAGUUGCCUUUUUCCACUUCAUUCCUCUGCUCACUCUGAUAACCAAGUUCACCCUGCGUCACUCUGUCAGCCCCAACAUCAUGAUAUUUAUUUCUCCUCUGAGGCUUGUAGAAAAAUGGGAGGAGUUUGUUUAACACCAGUGGGCUCCCAUGUUUGCAGAGCCAUGUGGGCGCAGGGCACCACACAGUGCCACAGUUCCUUUCAGACACAUCCUUCUGCAGGUAGGAAGGCAAGAAAAAAAAAAAAGAAUCACAUCAGAGGGUCGAAGAGGGGUCAUGGGAGAUAACGGUGAACAGUCACUGUUGUUUGUACCCUGCAUUUGCAGUUUAGCUGAGGUGAAGCACACACGUUUCAAAAAGAGCGAAGCAGCCAGGAACGUGACUGCAGGCACUGGCCCACUUUUGAGGGUUUUUUUUGCUGGGCUCACCGAAUUGGCGUUUUGAAUUCAAAGAAAUGUCAACGCACAAUAUUCAUCAGUCAGGAAAUUGUCUUCGGUGAUGCGCACUUAAGCACACACGUACACAAAGUGAGAGGGAACCACCUGAUUGAAUUGUACCCUCAGUGGAGUCCAAGAAAAGGCUACUGAAGACACUCAUGGAUAAACAUUAUGCCAAAUCGAUGUGCUCCCCUUCAACUCACCUUGAAGCUGAUCAGUGCCUUAAUCUGGCUCUCACAGAACAGCACCCUACAGUCACCAUAGUUUUAAAACACUGUGUUAGCAGGAAAGCGAGCCACUGAAUCAGAAUAAACACUGAAAAACAACUUCCGGUCUCAGUUCCUGAUGGCACGUAGGGCGUUUAACAGUUGUUCUUUGUUUUGAAAGAGAAUGCAGAUGAUGUUGUGUCCAUUAACUAUAAAUUAAAAGAUAAAUUUUGAAUGAUUAAGUGCUCUUCAGGCACCAGCUGGUUUCCAUUUGCAUUAUGAAAAUUGUAGAGACUACAAAUUGCUUGAUAUCCAUCACAGUGAGCACUUCUUUUGUUUUUAUUUUGUAGAUAAUUAUGUCGAAUUGCCAAGUGUCAAGUGGGGAAAUAUUCUUUCUAGUAAUGCAUUCAAAGAUGAUUCAGUGUCCCCGAAAGGAUAGUUAUCUGCUGAAGGACUGUGCAUCUGUUAUGUAGGUUGAAAAAUCAAAUGCAGAAGUAAAAACAAGAGCAAACAAACAAGAACCAAAAUAAAUACAAUAAAUUGUUUCAUUCUUGAAUAUUUAAAGUUUCUACAUGUUGACUUUAAUAAUGUCGUCAAAAGAACUGAAACCCUUGGCUGUGAAUUUUAAAAAAAUUACUUGUUGCUGUGGUUGGUAUAUUGUAAAAUGGUAAAUUAUGGACAAAAAUCAUGCAAACCCAGUGGUUUUAUCCUUUAAAGUAUUUAUGUUUUUUUCCCAGCUGUUUAUGCCUGUAUAUUGUAUAUUUCCGGUAGAAGGUUUGGGGACAGUUGACGGGUCCAUAAACUUUCCUCAUAACAAUUGCUAAGAAGUUUCCUGGAAAUGCCUGCGUAAUAAGGAAAUAUCAUUGAAAGAGCUACUUUAUUUAAUCAAAGUAGUUCUUGAUUUAAUGUUCAUUUAUCAUAGCAAAUUUAAUUUUUUAUAUAUAUGUUAAACUGUAUUCCUGUUUGUAGACAUAUUUCCCAUUUUGUAUGUUCAGCUGAUCUGCUGUGGCCGAAAGAUCUUGGCAGCAAUUAAUUGGUAUUAUCAAUGAUCACUUCACCAAUUCAAAACUUUCUCCAUUUUCUUUGUUAUUAGUAUCAGAGCACAUACCUGUUGUUCUUUCCUUGAGUGUGCUUUGAAAAUAUUAUGAAAUUGUGGGUCUGUGAAAUAAAGGGUUACACGUGUUUUUAAUGUGUUACUUUUACCACUUUAAGACAGCAGCUGGAGACGGUGAACAGUGAGAGUGAUGUGGUUUAACGUGAUAAAUGUGAUACAGGUACAGCGACCCAAUCACCAACCGGUGAAACAGGUGGCUUGUCGCUUCAGUGUGAAAUGAGUGAAUGUCUGUUCCAUAAGCAAACAAGUUUAGACUAAAUGCUGCACACCAAAUCCCACUUAGAAACCCCGGGACAGAUUAGAAAGCUGCUGUGUUCAGUGUUAAAGAAUCCAGCUGAAGUAUUUCUUUCACUGACAAAAAAAAAAACAAUAAACAAAUGUGAAAGCAGCCACAAACAUUAUUUUAUAAAUGCUCUUUUCAGAGAGUGUUUAGACUCAGUGACCUCUCACAGAUGAGCUUCCUGUGACACAAAGCACAGAAGCUGUCCCAUUUUGUUCAGGUGUUUGUUUAUGUUAUUUUAGAGCUUUGAUAUUUUGUUUCUUUUGUGUGUGUUCACCUUCACCUAAUAAAUUAUUUAACUCUU